AUGCAGGAUAUUUGCGUGCCUGUGGCUCCACGCUGCGUCAGUAUUGUGAGGGGUCCACAGGCCUUUUACUCGGCUGUCCUGGCCUUAGUUGGCUUGGCUCGCCGUCGACUGCUACUCUCGGCUCUUUAUAUUGGAACAGGACACAAGGAACGAUUCAUGCUACAGUUGCUGCAGCAACGAAUACAGCAGCAGCAGCUGUCGCAGCAGAAGCUGGAGGUAAGGCUGUUGCUUGACUUCCUGCGUACUACGAGGCCAGACCCGGCAGGAGAUUGCCCAGCGUCUCUGCUUCAGCCAUUGCUGUCUGAAUACCCCGUAGGGUCUUUGAACAGCACAUGCCAAGUCUCCCUCUUCUGCAACCCCCUAACAUGCAGCAACAGCAGCAGUACCAACAGCCUCAGCAGGCUGCAGGCAUUGCUGCGGAAAUUUCUUUUUAGGGCUUUGGGUCAUAGAGCACGUGAGGCAUUGGGUACACAGCACAUGAAGUGUUUAGUGAGCGAUGACCUGAUUUUGCUAACGGGGGCCAAUCUGAGCGAUGAAUACUUCGGGAAGAGAAUGGACAGAUGUUUUGUCCUGAGGUCUAGGGCCUUGGCAGAUGCAGCGGACAGCCUAAUUGCUGCUGCAGAGGCGCACUCCUUCAAGCUUUUGCCGUCGAAACAGUACAGCCAGCAAUGGCACCGACAGCAUGAGCCUACUCAAGGAAGAAUUGUACAAAUGGGGAAAGCCGUCUGUUGGUGGCCGCCAACGAACCCUUCAGAGCCACCGCAAACGAAUCCCGAAAUGUUCUGCAGCAGCCUGGCGAACUCACUUGCAGCAGCCCUCACAAGCACAAACGGCAGUGCCAGCACCAGAAACAACAGUUGCAGCAGCAGCAAAAGCCUGGAGAAUGUAAAUGGCAGUAACAACUUCCGCAACAACGAUGAAAGCAACAGCAAGGGGUGCAGCAGUAACUACAUUGGAUACAGCAGGCUCAACAGUAAUACCGGUAUCCUGGAUCAUGAGAUGUGCUUGGUGUCUCUGACGGUGCAGGCCGGCUUUGUGCGCCCACCUCUCAGAGGCCAAGAAUGGAUGCUUGAGAGAAUUUAUGGCAUCGCCGCAAACUCGCUUGCUGCUCUGGGUGGUUCAGAGGCACCAACAGCGGCAGACGGCGAAUAUGUCUCAGCACCUGGAGGUCUUCAAGUGGCCCUUGCUUCCCCUUACUUGAACUUCCCAGUUGCCUUCUUGCGUAGGCUGCAACAGCUGCUGCAGCAGAUGCGUCUUUCCUCUUCCUGUGCAGUCCCAGCUCGUGGCAGCUACAACAACAGCACCGACAGAAGUGCGUGCAGCAACGAGUCUCGUCUUGUGGUUGUAACGGCCUCGCCGCAGGCUAAUAGUUUCUUUAACUCGCGUGGCAUUUCUUACUGGAUACCGCCAGCCUACGCAGUUGCUGCCUAUGAAACUGCUGUGGCUCUGGAGGACUCUAUCCAAGCAUCGGGAGCAACGGAUCCGAAUGCUUUUUCAGAUGUGAAAAUGCAGCAUGGCCCGGACGACAAUCUGCUGCUUCUCGAGUUCGCGCGGCCAGGGUGGACAUAUCACGCAAAGGGCAUUUGGAUCUCACCAACUACCUCAGCAGCUGCCAACAAGAGCACCACCGGGACAAAGGGGAACGGUAGCAAUGGGCCAGCAGGCGGAACGUGCCUAGGCCUAGGCACCACUCGCGCGUUGCUGCAGAGCACUCUCAGCGGCCCUCCUGCCAGCCUUAACAAAAGCAGCAACUGCGACAAGGGUUGGGCUGCAGUGUGUUUGCUGGGCAGCUCGAACUUGAGCGUGCGCUCGAGUGAACGUGACUUGGAGCUGCUGUGCAUGCUCAGGACACGCGACAAGCAGCUGCAGAGGCUGCAACAGCAGGAGCUUACUCAGCUGCUAUUGCCUUUCUGUCAUCCCCUAGACAGGGCAAAACUCAUCAAGAGAUUUCCUCCGUGGCUGCACUUCGCUGUUCAGCGCCUCGGGCUCAAUUCUUUUCUGUGA